AUGCCUGGCCGGCUCAUCCUACGGCGUCCGUCCCCGACCACCGUGUCGUUCACCGUCUCCAAUGCCUCCCGACACACGAGCACCCCGGCCAAGCUCCUCUUCUACUUGCAAAUCCUCUUGCGCGCCCUAGUCUUCGUCUGCGUGGUGUUCUUCGACAUCGCACGGCAGCGCAGGCCGUUUUUCUACCAGGAUGGAUCGUUUCUGCGCUGGACCGCAGUAUGGUCCAGCCCGUUGGGAUCGUAUGUCUGUCGCAUUGCGGACAGCUACAACCCCGUGGUUGUUGCUUUGGUCAGCGCGGUAGUGAUUUACGGAGUCUUUAGGAAGGGGUACACGGAGGAGUCACUUCUAGUUAUACGCGGCCUCGGCAUUCAAACGUCGACCUCCUCCUUGACCUAUUUAUCUAAAGCUUCGACACGGUUUAUUCCUACCACGCAGAUUCAGGAUAUUGUAAUCCAUGAGGCGUUCAAAGGCUUUGAGGUUCGGUUUUAUCUUGCGAUCAUCGUGGAGGGAGAGCCGGAGAUGGUGGUGGUUUUCCCCACCCUCUUGCCCAAACGCGCUAUCUUGGAGGAAGUUUGGAGGGGCUCGCGACAUUGCCUAUAUGAUUCCAAGUCAUAA